CCAGGGGAAGUGGCAGGGUGAGGAUGGGGAAUCUUGUGACCCUUGGUGGCUUUCGGCUCGUCAUUCUCUCUCCCCUGGCUGCUUUCCCAAGAGUUUUUUCCUCCCACUCAUAACAGCAUGGCUCUGGUCUCACAGGCCUAGCAGGACUGGCCUGGGAGAGAAGUUGGGCGUGCCCUGGACAGAGCUGUUCCCCAAGGAGUGAUUUGAAGGUCAGCCUAGGGGAGGAAAAAGGGCCUCAGCCGUAAUUCCCAUUCAAGGAGUGUUUGCCACAGGGAAGUGCCUCCUGGUUUGGGGCAGUGAGACAAGGGUGCUGUCAUUCCUUGCCUGCUUUGCUCUGAACUGUAAAUGCCCUGGUACUCUCACAGGGAGCCUCAGUUUUCAGAAAUGAGGUAGAAGCUCAGCAAAGACCUGGUGGAUAAAGUGGGAAAGUCAAAAUGGAAAACUUACAAAGUGGGUGUCCAAGCUGGCUGCCACUGCGGAAUCUGGCUCUUUGAUGCCAACUCCUCAGGAUAAAUUCCAAAGGGAAGAGCUUCGUUUAGAUGUGGUAAUUUGCAAAGCAACUCCCAGCAGUUGACAGUUCAUCCAUAGCUGUGUGGUGUUCAGACGUUUCCUGGGAUUCCUGCCCACCUCCUAUGCAGCCGGCCGUGUUUGCCAAACCAGGAUAUGUGCUCAACUGGGAUUAACUUGGAACCAGAGAAUGCAGCAACAAGGUGCCGCCUUGGAAGCAGAGGGACCAGACUCUUACCAGACACCGAACCUGCCAGGGCCUUGAUCUUGGACUUGCAGCCUCCAGAACUGAACAUUUUAGUGGAUAAACCAAAUGACCAAUCCUCAAGAUGGUCUUCAGAGAGCAACUAUCCUCCCCAGUACUUGAUUCUGAAGCUUGAAAGGCCUGCUAUAGUUCAGAAUAUUACUUUUGGAAAAUAUGAGAAAACUCAUGUUUGUAAUUUGAAGAAAUUUAAAGUCUUUGGAGGAAUGAAUGAGGAAAAUAUGACAGAGCUAUUGUCCAGUGGCUUAAAGAAUGAUUAUAACAAAGAAACAUUCACCUUGAAGCAUAAAAUUGAUGAACAGAUGUUCCCUUGUCGAUUCAUUAAAAUAGUUCCACUCUUGUCCUGGGGGCCCAGCUUUAACUUUAGCAUCUGGUAUGUUGAACUUAGUGGCAUUGAUGAUCCUGAUGUAGUACAACCCUGUCUCAACUGGUAUAGUAAGUACCGUGAACAGGAAGCCAUUCGCCUUUGCCUAAAACACUUCAGACAACACAACUAUACGGAAGCUUUUGAAUCACUGCAAAAGAAAACCAAGAUUGCUCUGGAACAUCCCAUGUUAACAGACCUGCAUGACAAACUGGUGUUGAAGGGUGAUUUUGACGCUUGUGAAGAAUUGAUUGAAAAAGCUGUAAAUGAUGGCUUGUUCAAUCAGUAUAUCAGUCAACAAGAGUAUAAGCCACGAUGGAGUCAAAUUAUUCCCAAAAGCACCAAAGGUGAUGGAGAGGAUAACCGACCAGGAAUGAGAGGGGGCCAUCAGAUGGUUAUUGAUGUUCAGACAGAGACCGUUUAUUUGUUUGGUGGCUGGGAUGGAACACAAGAUCUCGCUGACUUCUGGGCGUACAGUGUGAAGGAGAACCAGUGGACAUGUAUCUCUAGAGACACUGAGAAAGAGAAUGGUCCUAGUGCCAGAUCAUGUCAUAAAAUGUGCAUUGACAUUCAGCGAAGGCAAAUCUACACGUUGGGGCGUUAUUUGGAUUCCUCUGUGAGGAACAGCAAAUCUCUGAAAAGUGACUUCUAUCGUUAUGACAUUGACACAAACACAUGGAUGUUACUAAGUGAGGAUACUGCUGCUGAUGGAGGGCCGAAAUUGGUGUUUGAUCAUCAGAUGUGUAUGGACUCAGAAAAACAUAUGAUCUACACCUUUGGUGGUAGAAUUUUGACAUGUAAUGGCAGCGUAGAUGACAGCAGAGCCAGUGAACCACAAUUCAGUGGAUUGUUUGCUUUCAACUGUCAGUGUCAAACCUGGAAACUUCUUCGAGAGGACUCCUGUAAUGCUGGGCCUGAGGACAUCCAGUCUCGGAUAGGACACUGCAUGCUAUUUCACUCAAAAAAUCGUUGCUUAUAUGUAUUUGGUGGCCAGCGAUCAAAGACCUAUUUGAAUGAUUUCUUUAGUUAUGAUGUGGACUCUGAUCAUGUAGACAUAAUUUCAGAUGGCACCAAGAAAGACUCUGGGAUGGUUCCAAUGACAGGAUUUACCCAAAGAGCAACUAUUGAUCCAGAACUGAAUGAAAUACAUGUCUUAUCUGGCCUCAGCAAAGACAAGGAAAAGAGGGAAGAGAAUGUCAGAAAUUCAUUCUGGAUUUAUGACAUUGUGAGGAACAGUUGGUCUUGCGUCUAUAAGAAUGAUCAAGCUGCAAAAGAUAACCCAAGUAAAAGUCUUCAAGAGGAAGAACCAUGUCCAAGAUUUGCCCAUCAGCUUGUAUAUGAUGAGUUACACAAGGUUCAUUAUUUAUUUGGUGGGAAUCCAGGAAAAUCUUGCUCUCCAAAAAUGAGAUUAGAUGACUUCUGGUCACUGAAGUUGUGCAGACCUUCAAAAGAUUACUUACUGAGGCAUUGCAAGUACCUCAUAAGAAAAUACAGGUUUGAAGAAAAAGCCCAAGUGGAUCCUCUUAGUGCUCUGAAAUAUUUACAAAACGAUCUUUAUAUAACUGUCGAUCAUUCAGACCCAGAAGAGACAAAAGAGUUUCAGCUCCUAGCUUCAGCUCUAUUCAAAUCUGGUUCAGAUUUUACAGCUCUAGGCUUUUCGGAUGUGGAUCACACCUAUGCUCAAAGAACUCAACUCUUUGACACCUUGGUAAAUUUCUUUCCUGACAGCAUGACUCCUCCUAAAGGCAACCUGGUAGACCUCAUCACACUGUAACUGAAGAGUCACUGGACACACAAAUGAAGAACAGGCAUCCGCUUUCAGUGUUUUGGAUUGCAACUCUAUUGACCGAUAAUUAAGCUGCAGUGAUUGAGGACUGUACCAGAGUUACCAUCACAAAGUUAACACUCUUCGUUCAUACCUGACCUCAACCCCAUAAAUUUCAUCCUAUUCCUAAAGGCUAAUAAAGUGAAAUUGGUAUACUUUCCAUUUAAA